GCAGGGUGCCUCUUGCUCCUGACCCUGUUGACGGAUCUUUGCCGGGCCGGAAACGAGACGGAGGGAGGAGGGACGACGAAGAUGAAUCUCUGCGCCCUUCAGCAGGCCGUCCCAGAUCCCAGUGACCUUCGAAUGGUGUGUUAUUGUGAUGUGUUCAGCCCGGAAUCCUUCGAUGCCACAGAUGUGGACUGCUGGGUGAUCGGGCGGAUCGAACCCGGUGACCCCGUGUGGGGGUAUUUCCGCGAUCAACAGAGCGUCCAGGUAUUGAGAGUGCACCUGAGGAUGGACGGGCAGCUGACGUUUCUGCCCAGCAAAGCCUGGCGGGGAUUGGGAAAGCUUCGAGAUCUCACCAUCAGCAAUGCCAACAUCUCCGUCGUGGAAGGUGGAUCGUUUUUGGACAUGGAAAGCGUUAAGAAGAUUUCUCUGAGGCGGAACGAGUUCCAGGUCCUUCAACCUGAAGCAUUCUUCAAUCUUCCACUACUGCAGGUCUUGGAUAUGGGAGAAAAUAAGAUCGAGAGACUGGAAGCAGGGAUUUUCCAGGAAAUGCCGACUUUGAAGGACCUGUACUUAGACCGGAAUGAGAUCCAGGAAGUCCAGGAUUUGAGUUUUCAACACUUGGGGGCUCUGAAAGAGCUGGAUCUAUGGAAGAACAAGAUUAAGAUUCUGACAUCGAAGGCGUUCGUGGGACUUCGUAAUUUGACCCGGCUUGACCUUCGCGACAAUCUCAUCGAAUUUCUCAACAACUUCACCUUCCACGACCUGGAGAGCCUCGAGACGUUGAACCUCAUGGGGAAUCGGGUGAGGUUCAUAGACGACGAUGCCUUUGCCGGACUUGCAAACCUCUACGAGCUGAACUUGAAAGACAACAAAUUGAUAAACCUGGGCGGAGAGGUGUUCCUUACUACGCCCAAACUCGUCUCCUUGGACCUGAGGCAGAACGUGCUGGAAACCCUGACAGAGCGGACCAUGGCACCCCUUCGCAGCAAUUUACUUAAGGCCUUUGCCGGGCUGGAGUUGGCAGGAAACAAUCUCUUGUGCGACUGUCGGCUGUCAUGGGUGUAUGAGCUGCUGACGGAAUCCGAGAGCAGCAUCCUCAACUCGUCCCUCUCCUCCAUCCAUUGCUACCUUGACCCAGACUACGACAACGUGAUCAAGAAGGACGGGAAACACGGCUAUCCCGUGUACGAGACGACCACCUACGUUCUUGGGGUCCAGGUCACCCUGCUUCUCAUCCCGAAGGAUCGCCUCCCCUGCCCGGCUCUUCUCGGGGCAAGCACGACCAGGUCUACCGAGGCGGUCAUCGGUAGUGACAGUACUUCUCCCAGUACCAGCCCCCCCGGUCGAGGUACGGAAGCACCGAAUCCGGGAGCAAGUAUUAUGGAAUCCCUCGCUAACAAAACUGCCUCCACAAAUUUUCUUCAAGUCAUCCUCGUUUGCUUCAUGAUGUCGGCUGUGGCAUUUGCACAAGUCUGAUUGCGACAAGAGAGAAAAGCGAUGGAGGGAAAAGGUGUACGCGUGUCUUUUCUCUCUCUGUUUCUCACUGCCAAGAAAACUGGAUUUCUUCCAAGAUUUCUUUCCCGGACCAGAGCGCGGCAUCUGUCUACCGAUGAAUGUUUUACUCUGACACGUUCCACCGCAUCGAUGAGCUCAUAAUUCCUUCUUUCUUAUUCCCCUCCCUCCUCGCGUCUCCGGUAGCAAGGGCGUGCGUCACCUGGCCCCGGAAGAUGCGUCGUCUUCGGUUGUCACCUUCAAUGAAUGAUUACGUCGUCGCCACGUGCUUCUGUGCGUGGAAGAUCUCACUACUGGCUGAAUCAAGAGAGAGAUAAAAAAAAUUCCCUCACGUGCAGCAUCUCUGCUGUGAUAACGUAAGAGUCGAAUCUACGGUCUCCAUGACAGGUGCCCUUAUACAGUAUCUAUAGAUAAUAAAAGGAUGAGACAGUGUGACC